AUGGCAACAGAUUCACAAUAACUCAAGCAUUCGAAAAUAAGCUUAGCUAGGCAAACUUAAUAAAUACAGUAUGUUGAACUUGGGCCUGAUCACUAUUUUAACUUAAUAUCAUGAAUAAAUGUGAAAUAGUUUAAAAGACAGAGCGUUGUUACAGUAAAGUCGUUUAGAAUUUUUUGAGUCUAGCAAAAACAAAAAUAUGACAGAUUUAAUUUUUAUCAUGUUAACUGCGUUUCUGUCAGGCCCAGAUUCAACAGAACCAGUUCAAUUUGUAAUGUUGGGGAUACUGCUGCAGUAGUUCUAGCUGAGAAAAGUGACAUUUCAGCCAUGGAUGUUAUGCCUUUCAAUAGCAAAGAAGAUAUUGUGUUUUCAGUAAUGUAUACCCAGUUAGGAAGUCCAUACAUGACAGAGAGCAGAGUGUCCAACAUCAAUCAUCAUACAAAACUUGGCCUUCAUACAGCUAUGCUUUGGAAAAAAAAUAAUCUGAUAGACAUUAUUGUUCAAGUAGGAACACACAGUUUUCGAGCUCAUAAGGCUGUUUUAUCAUGCUUCUCUCCUGUCUUCAAGCAACAUAUCUUUGAAAAAGGAAUUAACAAAAUAUGCAAGCUUUGCAUUGAUGAAAUUACACCAGCAGCUUUUGAAUUUCUUCUAAAGUACAUGUAUACUGGGCAAAUGAAGCCAGGAAUUCAAAUAAUUGGAGAUGUAUAUCGUGCUUCUUUCAAACUGGGGAUUAAGGAAGUAUCUGAGAAAUGCAUCAAGUUACUUAGGGGUCAAGAAGAACUGGUUAGCACCUUGUAUAUUUAUGCAACUUCUAAGAAACUUGGACUACAAAAAACAUCAUAUCUUGCUUAUCAAGUUAUUCUUGAGAGAUUUGGAGACAUCAUUACCAUCCCUGAAUUUAUGGAGCUAGAGGCUGAUCAGCUAUGUGAGAUUUUGUCAGGAGAUGUAAUUGGAACUGACAGUGAAAUUGUGUUAUAUUUAGCUGCACUCAAAUGGCUAGAUCAUGACUUUUUGAGGAGAGUGGAAUAUGUACAUCAUAUAAUGAGUUGUAUACGAUUUUCGUCAAUGUCUCUGGAAGAAAUACUUGCUUGUUAUCAUCCUCCAAUUUUGCCUUGUGUUACACGAUAUCCUACCAUAAGAGAUAUGCUAUUGAGGGCAACGUGUUACAUAGCAGCAAAAUUAACUAAACAAGAUAUGUAUUUUAAAGAGUAUGUUUCUCGCCCUCGUCAGUUUCUGGUAAAAUACAAACGUAUGCUAGGAUGGCAUUGUGUUGAUUGGGAUGCAAUACAGGAUUAUAAUGCUGCAGCAAUUAAAAUUCAGGCAUACUUCCGAAGCUACUACAUAAGGAAUAAUUUUCUGAGAGAAAAAGAAGCUGUAACUAAACUACAAGCACAAGUUCGUGGAUAUUUUGUCAAAAAAAACUACAAAAGAAAGGAACCUGAACUCACAGGGUUUAGCUAUAAAAAAAUCCCUCUUGAUGAUCUCUCUGUACAUGUUUUGAUUCACCAUUGUGAAUCAGUCCUUUUCGGUCAUCAUCACACCAAUGAAAUCAAAGAUCAGAAAAUGAGUUUACCUUCAUGUAAUGGUGCUUUACAGGAAACUAAUUCUCCAGUUAUACUUUUAUUGGGAGGAAUAAAUCUUAACAUUUCAAAGAUAGAAGAAACAGGAGAUAGAAUACUUCGAUACUUGCCAAUGGAUGAUAAGUGGGAGGAUUGUGGAUGCUUACCUGAAGCUCGACAUCAUCAUGUUGCUGUUCUAUAUAAUAGAUCUGUAUAUAUUAUAGGUGGUUAUGACCCACAAGAAACAGCAAGAGGAAAGCCAUUAGCAAAAAAAACCUGUUUCAGGUACAAAUUAGAUACUUGUGAGUGGCAAAAAAUGGCUGACAUGAAUUGUGCCCGUGUUUAUCAUGGAGCUGUAAUACUAGCAGGAUUUCUUUAUGUGAUAGGAGGAAAAGAUGAAGAAGAUAGAUUGCUUUCUUCUGUAGAAUUGUACAACUCUGACAUUGAUACUUGGAGUCAGCUGGACACAGUCUUGAAUUUUCCACGUAUGGCUAUGGGAGUAGCUGUCCACAGAGAUCAAUUGUGGAUUUCUGGUGGAAUUGCUCAAAAAUAUGAAGAAAAAUGGAUAUACGAUAUUUCUAAUGUCGAUAGAUUUGUUCCAAAGCAUAAUAAAUGGUCAUCUGAUGUAGCAUAUCUUCCUUCACCUAGAAGUUUUGUCAGUAUGGUUGAGUCAAAAGGUUCAUUAUAUGUUUUGGGUGGUGGUACAUUGAGGGAACAAUACACUGAUGAUAACAAUCUUAGUAGCACUGCUGAAGUUUUUAUGUACAUUGACGAUGCCAAUCAGUGGAUUAGUUAUGCACCCUUCUCAUCUCCUCAUUGUGGUGUUGCAGUAUCAAUUCUUGGAACUAUUAUCUUUAUUUGUGGAGGAUUUGCUACUAAUGUAGAUGGUGGACUGUCAGAAGUUUUGAUCAAGGGUUUUGACAUAAACAAGUGGAACUCUUGUAGACCCUUACCAUUUCCUUGUUCAGGCAUAGCUGUGACAAGGAAACAAAGCCUGCAAGAGGAGAACGACUUAAUUGAGAAGACAGUUUGAUCAUGGCCUACACUGAAUGCUGUUUAUCACAAUCAUGAAUAUGCCAGCAGACAAACCCUUGUGCUCCCCAUUAACCCCUACAGAACUUCCAUCAACACUCUCUGUCUUUGGAAAAAGGAAAAUAUUAAUUUAUCAGCUCACUACAUUUUUACCUAUUGCUUUUUGUCUGUAUGCUUGUUCCUA